AUGAAGAGAGUCAAACAGUGGGACAUCCGGGGAGCUGUCGCUCUUGCAGGAACUUUCCAUUUCUUGUAUUCCUGUGGCACCAGUUUCCUCUUGCCUUUCCUCACCCUCUACCUCAGACACCUUGGUCUCACUGCCUCGAUGACAGGCAUCGUCAUAGCGACUAAACACCUCGUGGCACUGGUCUCACACCCGUUGUCCAGUCUUCUGGCCAAACAUUACAACAAAAGACGAUUCAUUGUGAUUGGGUCUUUGAUCUGUUCUGCAGGUGUAGUUCUGACCCUCCUCCUUCUACCGCCCACCGCCAUGAAGGUGGAGAACAACUCCACGUGCAAUGUCAGUGGCCUUAGCGCUGUUCCAACGGAACUCCAGACCAACCACACCCCUCUAGGACGCCAGACAACUCCAUCUCAGAUCUCUGCUGCUCCUUCUUCCAACAAAAAGACAGAGUUACCUGAAGGAGCUACGGAGGUGUCACCCGUGGGCAGGGGCAAUACUACAGCCCACUCCAGCCUCCAAGGCAGCUCAGAGACUCCACCCCUUCACGAGCAUCCAUCCACAACCACAAGUGACAUAGCCCAUCAGCUAGAAGAUCAGGAAGAGGAGAAGGAGGAGGAGAAAGAAAGACAUGAGUUCCUCGGGAGUCUAAAGGUCAUGGACGUUCAACACCAGCUCUUCUUCCUCGUCCUCAUCAUCGUGGGACUGUGGGAAGCAGUGGUGGCCCCUCUGGAGUGGACCGUGGACGAUGGUUUGUAUGAAUAUUUGGACUUUGUGGAUGCUACAGACCGUUACAGAAGCGUUGGAUUCUGGAAGCUUCUGGGUGCUGCCGGCGGCGUGUGCACAAGCGGGGUUCUGGUCAGCAGCCUGCGUUGCACUGUGGGAAAUGAGCUACAGUUCUACGCUUAUGCGCUGUUGAUGGUGCUAACCAUGCCUCCGGCUGCCCUCUUGCCCUUCUACCACCGAAAACGAGAGCGGCCCUCUAGUGGUGGUUUGAAGGCACUGCAGCUGGUGCGUGGAGAUUCGCGAGCAUUGCUUUGCGCCGUCAACGCUCUGCUGGUGGGCGUGGCUGGCGGAGCUGCGUCAAGCUUUCUCCUGUGGUUGGUGGAAGAUUGCGGUGGGACCGAACUGCACAUGGGUCUCGCCCUUGCCCUGGCUUUGUCGUGCCAGGCCGUCUUCACCCUGUUCGGCAGGCGCCUCGGACGUUUCCUCAAGCCCCACGGCCGGGCGCUGAUCCUGGGCACAGUCGGCCUGUCACUGCAGUGCUUUUACUACUCCUUCCUCUGGACGCCUUGGGCGGUGGUGCCCGCUCAGCCACUGGCAGGUUUGAGCACCGGCAUCCUCUGGUGGGCAGUGAAGGCACAGAGCGACGACGUAGCCACGCCAGGCAGAGAGAGGGCAGUCUGGAGGGUCUAUCAGACUCUUGUACUGGAGCUGGGAUCAGGCUUGGGUAGCCUCAUAGGGGGUUUGGUGGUGCAGAAAUUUGGGAUGGAGGUGCUGUUCCAGAGCGUGGCGGUCACUCUGAGUGUGUGGAGUGUCUGUAUGGCUAUACUGCAGUGGAGAAUCCCACAUCAACGUAGGAUUAACUACUCGCGUCUGCUGGCAGCUGACGCUAGCGAGGCUAGUGACACAGAGUCAGAGGAGGAUAGAGACUGGCUGGAGAAAGCCAUGGAGAACGACACGGCUCACGCUAACAGGAGAAGAUCAGAAUGCUAA